GGUGCAAAUCGAGGUAAUGUAAUUUAAUCGAAGAAAAUUUGUUAAACGAAAUAUAAUUUUUAGGUUCAAUUACUCUUCAACGAGUUAAUUUAACUGUAUAUCCAAAUGAUUAUUGUUCAAAUGUUUCAUCAUCAAUAGCAAAAAAUUGGCAUACGCAAUUAUGUUGUGGUGAUCUUCAAGGUGAACGUGAUGUUUGUCAUGGAGAUAGUGGUGGUGGUUUAUAUAUUGAAAGAAAUAUUUCUGAUAUAAAUCGUUAUACAAUCGAUGGAAUUGUUUCCUAUGGUGAACAAUGCGCAACUCCGAUGAAACCAACUAUUUAUACACGAGUAUCAAAUUAUAUUGACUGGAUUCGAGAAAAUAGUGAUUUUGAUACGAAUGAAAUUUGA